AGGCUUUGAGUCCAUUUUGGGACCGGUUCAGGGGAUAGAUACAGCAGCAAGUCCAACAACGGUAGUAGUAACAAAGAUGGAGGAGUACCAGGGGCAGCACGGUCACGCCGUCGACGAGUACGGCGACCCCGUGGCCGGGCACGGCAACCCUGUGGCACCCUCCGCCGCCGGCGCGUUCACGGGCGCCGGCGGGCAGCUCCAGCACGGCAGGGAGGAGCACAAGACCGGCGGGAUACUGCACCGCUCCGGCAGCUCCAGCUCCAGCUCGUCUUCUGAGGACGACGGCAUGGGCGGGAGGAGGAAGAAGGGCGUCAAGGAGAAGCUCCCGGGUGGCCACAAAGACAACCAGCAGCACAUGGCCGCGGGAACUGGAGCUGGCGGGGCUUAUGGGCAGCACACGGCCGCGGGAACUGGGGCCGGCGGAGACUACGGCCAGCAUGGGCACGCAGGAAUGGCCGGCGCCGGCGCCGGCGAGAAGAAGGGACUCGUGGACAAGAUCAAGGAGAAGCUGCCCGGACAGCACUGAGCUGCCGGCCCCGGCUGGCUGUCCGCUGCCUACUAGUCCUUUUGAGCUAAGGCUCGAGCUGAAUAAAAACAAAUUGAGCAACUCGAGCUGAAUAAAUAAGAUGCCCGUGAUAACGUCCGUAUGCCGUUCUAGCGUGCGCCGUGUGUCUUUUUUUUCCCCACGGCGGACUUCUAAAACGGAUGUAUUAUCUGUCCGUAGAUGUAUUAUCUGUCCGUGCACAGUGGUACAGGAGCCGAGCUAGUCGUUCAACCGACGGGGCCUGGUCAUUCAACCACCGUGUACCUUAAAUGUCUACAUAUAUUUUAAUGAAAUUUGAACAAGCAUGACGAUUUCCAUUAAAA